AGACUACUCGCGUAUGCUUCGAGGUUGUGAACGCGAUCUUCUUCUCUCUCUUCAUCUAUGGAUCUGCCGGUCAUGUAUCAAGUGUAUUUUCCCAUUGUGUUGACUAAAAAUGUUUAGCUGUACACGAAAUUAUCAAACUAAGAGUUGCUAUAAAAUAAGAUAACUCUGGAGACUGGAUAGUAGAACUACCGACCGAAUUUGAACAACGCAUAAUCAUGGAAACUAUUGGAUACAUAUUGAUUCUCUGGGCCUCAAUGCAGAUACGCUGUGAAAAUAUAGAAAUUAUCUGUGAGCGUCGAUCAGGAACAAUUGAUUGCCGGGAGGGCCGUAUCAACAUUCACAGCGCUAUAUACGGGCGAAAUGACAGUACAACCUGCCCCCACAAACAGGUCUCGGACACAACAUGUGGAGUAGAUGUGGCGGGUGUGAUAGAUUCAUCAUGUAACGGCCAACAGCAAUGCACAUUGCAAGCCCUUAAUAACCUAGCUGGAGACCCGUGCGUUGGAACCUACAAGUUUUUAAAUGUAACCUACACAUGUCAAGACGAUGGGCAGGUGACCGAUUCUACAGCGGAUGUAUGCCCGUCUUUAGCUCUAGGGAUAGGAUGUCAAACGGAUGACAUUCAUGUAGACUUUAACCGUUCCUUGGUUGUGAUAGAGGCGGAAUGUCCAAUUAUUCUAACAGGGGGCCGUGCCAGGGUUCGUUGUGAUGGGGUAAGGUACGGCUCAGAGGAAGUUAGGUGCAUGGAUGGAGGGAUCUGGAACCCCAUGUCUGUGGUCUGUCUCAGAGAUGUCCAAUGCGGACUUCCAGAAGCUCCUCAGAAUGGAUACAUUAUUAAUCUAAGAUCAGAAUAUAAUCUAUUCGAUAGCAUCGCGAUUAGAUGUAAUGAUGGAUUUGAUCUGAUAGGUUCAUCAUCAGCCUAUUGCCGCCAUGAUGGAUACUGGAGUCGAAAAAUGCUUCAAUGCAUACAGCUGUCUGGUAUUAACAUUCAGUUUCCACAAGGUAACUGUCAGCGACGUCUCGUGCCCGAUGGCGUCCUGUAUAGUCCUAAACAGAAUUCUUAUCAACCCGGAAUGUCUGUGAUCUUUACCUGCGUCAGCCCAAACUACUCUCUGAUUGGUCAACCAAUUUCAACUUGCAGAGCACGAGGUUGGGAUUCUCAGACACCAAAAUGUGUCUUGAGAUGUCCUCAACCCACUCCAAGAAGUUACACAACACUUCACCCGAGUGGGCAGGUGGAGUUCCGGCACGAAGAUAUCAUCGUUCUGGAGUGUAAUGGUGGAGCCAAGAUUUCAAAAUGUGUCAACGGUAUAUGGACACCUGAACUUGGUUUCUGCUCUCAGACUGAUGUUGAUGACUUUACGAUGAUACCAGCAACCCGGGCAAUUAAUCGACGAAUCGCUAUUCUUUUACAGGAACCUGUAACGUCUACUUCUAUCGAUCGUCAGCUUCCAUUCCUGAUCUCAAUCACAAAUUCACCCGAUGAAAACAUUCUAUCAGAAGAUGUCAAUAAUGUGGUCUCAUUCCUCGAGAAAAUUACAAAUCUGAAUUCAACUUCUCCAAAGGUAACAAACUCGGUUCUGGAAGUUGUCAGUAAUCUAAUGAAUGUCGAAGAAAUUGAGUUACAGACUGCUCAAGAAGACGACAAUGCCACAAAUCGAGCUUUAGAUAUUAUAACUCAACAAUUGAACAUCGUUGAUUUAUCAUCUGAAAAUGGAAGUUUCGUCGUUUCCCAUCAAAACCUUGCCGUGCGGGUUAGUACGACUACAAUAUCUGAAAGCGUCGAGGGGUCAUCAUUUGCCAUCUUUAGCCUCGGCGAUCAAGGUGAAGAUGGUCUCUACAACCGCAUUACCUAUGGCUCCAUCGAUGAGGACUUUAUAGAGAACGGAAUGUUUCAGGCUUCAGUCAUUCUUCCAAGUCUCGUCCACUUUGACUCUAAAGUAAGUUCUUCCGGCAAGGACAGUUUCAGGGUAACAUUUGUAGCUUACCAGAAAACAUCUCUCUUCGUAUCACUCACACUCAAGACCCUGAAUUCAAGAGAGACAUCGUUUCGUCGGAGGCCUCUUACACCGAUCAUUGCCGCCACCGUUCACGGCAUGGAUGACGAAAUCGAUGAUAACGACAAAUAUGUUACUUCAACGUUUGAUGUCGGCAUGGAGCCUAAUAUGAUAAAGAAUGUAGAAUGCGUGUAUUGGGACGUUAAUGGUAACCAGAGGCGAGGUGACUGGUCUUCAAGGGGGUGCAGACGAGUGCCCGGUUCCUCCAAGACAAGACCGGUCUGCAGGUGUCGAAGAUUGGCAAACUUCGCCGUUCUCUUGGACAUAUACGAUAAAGACUUUCUACCAUUAGAGUUUCAAUAUUUCGCUCAGGUAUUGACCUAUGUUGGUUGUGGACUAUCAACAUGCGGUCUCAUUCUCACCAUCAUCGCUUAUUCUUCCUCAAAACUUCGCAACAAGCAACCCAAUCAGAUUCUCCUCUGUCUCAGCCUAUCUCUCCUCGGUCUCUACAUCACCUUCAUGUUGGUGAUUGGUCUCGGUCCUGUGAUGUCCCCCAUCCCAUGCGGUAUCCUAGCAGCUGUUCUUCACUUCUUCGCUUUAUCAUCCCUUGCAUGGAUGGGCAUCGAAGGGGUUAAUGUCUACCUCCUCUUCGUUCGCAUAAUCAAUUCUUAUAUUCCAAGGUUUAUCCGGAAGGCAUCUUUCUUUGGAUGGGGUCUUCCAGCGGUCGUAGUAUUGAUUAUUGGUUGCAUAUUUAGAGAGAAUUAUGCUCGAGGAGAUAUGUGUUUAAUAAAGCAAUGGCCCAACAUUACAGGUUUGCUCAUCCCUGUCGGGCUCAUCCUCCUCUUCAACGUCGUCAUCUUCAUACUCGUCAUGAAACGCAUCAGCUCGACAACGACGGGCAAGAUACAAGACAAUACACCGACUCGUCAUCGUGAGCGAAUUCGACGAUUACGGAAUGCUUUCAUCCUCUUGCUCCUCCUCGGCUUAACAUGGGUGUUUGGUUUCCUUGUUAAUAUCAGAAAUGAGGUGCUCAUUGCUUUUUCUCAAACUGUUUUCGUCAUCUUGAACGCCUUUCAAGGAUUUUUCAUCUUCGUCAUUUAUUGCGUCAGGCUGCCACAAGCACGGAUGCAACUUGCUACAUGCUGCCGUUAUAUCUAUUGUCCCUUUGAUAUAGUUAAGACUUCAACCAGUGAUCAAAAUAAGAACGCUAAGGAUUCCAAAGAAAUGAGUCAUCAUGAUCAAUUAAAACCAUUGCCACUUAAAAGGGGUAAAGAGUCGCAAGCCGAGUCGUUCGAUACUGUCUCAACGCCGUAAACGACCCCCCCCCCCCUCCCCGCUAUCCCACUCGUUUUGCAUACGAAUUGUUUCGUCCAAGAUUUGUGUUUCCUCGAAGAGAGCGGUGCUGCCCGGUGUUGUCACUUUAUCAUUUAUUGUCUGUUUUAUGGACAUACACAGCGGAUGAGCAGGGGACAGUUGCCCUCACCCCCGUUGCAGAUUUAUUUUUGUUCUUCUUCUACUUGCAGAUCUAAAAAUAUGCACGGCAAUGUGCACCAAUCCUUCCUUUCCAACCAUGGUCCAAUAUAAUUCAAAGAUGCCCUUGAGAUGACAUCGGUGCUUAGCUCUCUCGUUUUAUUUCUUUAUUUUCAUCUUUUUUUAUUUCUGCCCUACACUCUCCAUGAGAAAAUACUCUACGCAUGGCGUUUGGUUGUUUGCUUGUUUUCAGAGCAUUUUAUUGUUGUUGAAUUAUAUAUAAUGGAAAAACCAGAGGAGAAUACAACUUUCAACAGGCUCCCAGAAGAAGUUGAUCAUCUAUUUACAAGGAUAUUGAAAUAAUGCUUUCUUAUUUUGUUUAUAUUUUUUCUUCUCAUCAAGUGAAUAAAUGAUGAAAUAUUGACAACGUGACGUGCAAAAUUAUUUUUGAAAAGUGAUUACAUUUCAUAACUUUCGAUGAAAAAUAGUUCAGAAUGUUUUAUAAAGAAUUAUUAUGAUGACUCUUUAUUAUCAACUUACGCGACCGAUUUAUGUUUACAAUAACAUGUUCGUGUAAGUGGGAAAGUAAACACCGAACACUCAGUGGUAUCAACAACAAAACAAUUGCGAGUCUCUAACCGCCCUUUCACACGGUAAAAAAAUCGUAAUUUGAAUGAUGAUUCCAGUGAAAAAUAAGGCUAAUGACGAAUAUUUAGCACGUGUGAAACCAAACUACAACAUGACUAGAAUCGCGAACGCUAAUCACAGUCACGAAAACAAUAGCAAUCACCAUUACAAUGAUGAUUCAAGAUUCACGUGUGAAAAGGCCCCAUGACAACGUUCAGUUUGGAUUUCAAAAUACAUUUCUUUACAAAAUAAAGACAGUAUUUUUGUAUAGACAUGGAAUCUAGCUUAGUCGUAUUUGUUAUUUCAUAUAAUCAUGACUUUAUACAAUGUAUUGUGCUAGUUUCUUUAACGAAAUGUAGGUAAUAAUCAGAAUGCUAAAGUCGGGUUAGAAUCUAUGAGGGGGCACGAACGGUAUUGCCCCUGAUUUGGUCAAAUUUUGUACACUACAUUAAGGUACCCUGUGGAUGGCCAGUGUCCUUUCAUCCGUGAUCCCUGGAAGGGAGGAAGGAAAUAGACAAGUCUCUUUUUCGAUUAAAAAAAAAAGAAAUCCGUCAACAUAGCAAUGGAUGGGAGACCAUACAAGGAGAGGGGUCAGAAGGGAUCUUGUUAACUGAGUAAAAAAGCAAGUGUGGAAAGAGGGUGUGCAGUGGAAUCAUGGAGAUAGAGCCUGGGUGGAAUGCAUAGGCGGAUCCAGGGGGCCGCAGCUCCCUCUGUUGGCGGCCGCGCUCAAAAGGAAAAGAAAAGGAAAAGAAAGAGAAAAAAGGGAAAGUGGAGGAGAAAAAAGGAAGAGAAAGAAGAGAAGAAAUUGAAUUAUGUAAGGUGAGGGAGAAGUCUUGGACAAUAAAAACAGAUUUUAUGUCACUUUAGAAGUUCACUCGCACUUGCAUUGCAUAUCUUUCUCAAGAGGCUUCAUGGAGCUUAAAUUACCAAGUUUUGAAGUCAAUGUACCAAUCACAUUUCAGCUUGGACAUGGAGCGUUUUAUUGUAUUUUAUUCCAAAAAUUGUUCAGUAAAAGCCCCGUUUUAAGGUUUGAAAAUUGAAAAAGUUUCAGCUCGAGCUGUAUGUUCGCAUUAUUUGAUGUGUGAAGUACCUAUAUCCUUUUCGUGUAUUCCAUCAAGUUCUCAAUAAUCUCCCUUUUUAGGUCUGGCUGUCAAAGGUAUAUAGCGCUGCGCGCUCAUAUUUUUAUUAUUGAAAUGUUCUAACAAACUGCUUAAAAUCCCCUUUUCAUGACAAUUCUUCAAAUUUUUUUCGUUUGUUAUAAUUACAAUAACCCAUGGAUUAUAUUACAAAUAGUGCUUAAAUGUUCUGUUUCUGGACCUGUAGAAGAAAAAUCGCGCCCUCAUUUGAUUAAUGAGAUUCAUAUCCAUGUCAUGAAUUCCUGCAAAUAGCCGCCUUUAGAUUUUUAUCAACAAUUUUCAGCUCGCAUUUCGGAAGAGGAGGAUAUCAUUUUCUUAUGAUGACAAAUGUGCUUAGAUUUCCCAAUUUCUAAGUCUAAAUAAAAAAAACACAGCUCCCGCUUCUCGCUCGAAUCAUUAAUUAUUAAGAGCGAUCCAUAUCCUCUUCACAAUUUUUCCUGCGUAUAGUGCUUAUGUUGAAUAGUCCUUAAAAUAGUCCUUAGUAUAAGUUGUCCCUUAAAUUUGUGAUCGGAAUAUUAAUAAUUUUCAGCUCGCGCUUCGCGUUCGCAUAAUUUAUGUAGGAAAAUGAUGACAAAUGUGUUUAGAAUGAUCCGAUUUUAUGACUAGAUCUUUUUAAAAAAGUAAAAGAAAAACAUCUCGCGCUUCGCAAUCGCAUGGUUUAUUGUUCUUUAUUCAAAACGUGCUCAAAAUGUUUAGUUUCAGAUCGGAAUAUGAAAACUUUUCUGCUCGCUCUUCGCGCUUGCAAAAUUAUUUUUAUAAAAUAGGCCUACCAAUCCUUUCGAUUGAAAAACAUGAAUAGACUGUCCCAAGAUUUGAUUGUUGAGAUAUAUAUUGUCUUCAUGGGUCACUGCUCAUUUUCAGGUCAGUAUUUGAAUUAUUUCAGCUCGCCCUUCGCGCUCGCAUUAUGCGCAUCUUCCUCCUGAUCACGAACAUUAAGUUCAAUUUUCAGGACAAACUAAAAUUUCAUUUUUUUUAGCUCACGCUCGCAUUACUUAGCUAAGACUACCCCUUC